AUGCCAGUGAGACGCGGUCACGUUGCGCUCCAAAACACCUACCUGGACACUAUCAUCAGGAAAUUCGACGAGCAAAAUCGCAAGUUCGUCAUUGCCAAUGCCCAGAUGAAGAACUGCGGCAUCAUCUACUGCAACGAAGGCUUUUGCCAGAUGUUUGGCUUCACCAGGGCAGAGAUCAUGCAGCAGCCCUGUACCUGUCAGUUCUUGGUGGGACCUGGAACCAUGAAGAGCGCCCUGGCCCAACUGGCGCAGGCUUUGCUGGGCUCCGAAGAGCGCAAGGUGGAGAUCCUCUACUACGCUAAGGAGGGGACCUGCAGACCGUGUCUGGUGGAUAUUGUCCCUGUAAAGAAUGAGGAAGGCAUGGUCAUCAUGUUCAUCCUUGACUUCCAAGAGCUGAUAAGUCGUUCUCACAAGAAGUCAGGUCUCAGGCAAAGAGUCGCCCAAGGGUGGAUUAAUUGUCAGAAUCGCAGGUUGAAGAUGAGGCUCCCGGUCCUUCGUUCCAUGCAGCGGCCAUCGCUCUCCAAAGAUCAGUUUGAAGGAGUGGUUGUGGACUAUCUGCAGCCAAGCAUUGAGGAGGUGCCUCUCAAAGAGUUUCGAAUCCCGUCCAAGGAGAGCUGCAUGCAGUCUGAGACAGAAGCUCUGAUAGAACAGGACCAGGACCCUCCCACCCCUGCAGGCCAGUCCUCCACCAAGCAGCGCUCCCUGCUGACGGACAGACUGGACCCCAGCAUCACUUUCCCCAGGGGGACAUUACCCCGGAGCUGCUCUCGGGACAGCGUCCGUAGCCUUAGACGAGCCUCCUCAUUGGAUGACAUUGAUUGCAUGAGGGGAGAAUGGAACAGUCGAGCAGGAGACCCCCGGAACAACAGCAAUCUGAAGCCCAAUGCUUUGAACUCCACAUCAGACUCAGACUUAAUGAGACACAGGACCAUCAACCGCAUCCCUCAGAUUACUCUCACCUUUGGCUCAGAUAGGAUGAGACCUCCAUCGCCCACCGAGAUCGAGAUCAUCGCACCGAGCAAGAUAAAAGACCGAACCCAGAACGUCACAGAAAAGGUCACUCAGGUCACACAGGUGUUGUCCCUUGGUGCUGACGUGCUGCCAGAGUACAAGCUCCAGGCCCCACGUAUCCACAAAUGGACCAUUCUUCACUACAGCCCCUUCAAAGCAGUAUGGGACUGGGUCAUCCUGCUCCUCGUCAUCUACACAGCCAUCUUCACACCGUACUCUGCCGCCUUUCUGCUCAACGAGGUGGAGGAGCCCUGCGGCUACACAUGCAACCCGCUCAACGUGGUUGACCUGGUGGUUGACGUCAUGUUCAUCGUAGAUAUCCUUAUCAACUUCAGGACCACCUAUGUAAACCACAACGAUGAGGUGGUGAGCCACCCGGGACGCAUCGCACAGCAUUACUUCAAGGGCUGGUUCCUCAUCGAUAUCGUGGCUGCCAUUCCCUUUGACCUGCUCAUUUUCCGCUCAGGGUCUGAAGAGCCUCAGACAACCACUUUGAUUGGAUUACUGAAAACUGCCAGACUCCUGAGGCUGGUCCGCGUGGCCAGGAAGUUAGACCGUUACUCAGAGUACGGAGCCGCUGUCCUUUUCCUCCUCAUGUGCACCUUCGCCCUCAUAGCUCAUUGGCUGGCAUGUAUCUGGUAUGCCAUCGGCAACGUGGAGCGCACCGGCUCGGCUCGCAUUGGAGGGAUGAAGAUUGGCUGGCUGGACAACCUCGCUGAGCAGAUCGGUAAACAGUAUAAUGACAGUGAUGCCGCCUCAGGUCCGUCCAUCAAGGACAAGUAUGUUACGGCGCUGUACUUCACCUUCAGCAGUCUGACCAGUGUGGGCUUUGGUAACGUCUCACCCAACACCAACCCAGAGAAGAUCUUCUCCAUCUGCGUCAUGCUUAUUGGCUCUCUGAUGUACGCUAGCAUCUUUGGAAACGUAUCAGCCAUCAUCCAGAGACUGUACUCAGGCACUGCUCGGUACCACACUCAGAUGCUGCGGGUCAAAGAGUUCAUCCGUUUCCAUCAGAUCCCCGGAGGCCUGAGGCAGAGACUGGAGGAAUAUUUUCAACAUGCCUGGUCCUACACCAACGGCAUCGACAUGAACGCUGUUUUAAAAGGUUUCCCUGAGUGUCUGCAGGCUGACAUCUGCCUCCAUCUGAACCGAAGCCUCCUGCAGCACUGCAAAGCUUUCCGAGGUGCCAACAAAGGCUGUCUGCGGGCUCUGGCCAUGCGGUUCAAGACCACCCAUGCUCCACCUGGUGACACUCUGGUCCACAGCGGGGAUAUUCUUACCGCCCUCUACUUCGUUUCCAGAGGCUCCAUUGAGAUCCUCAGGGACGACGUGGUUGUGGCGAUACUAGGAAAGAAUGACAUCUUUGGAGAGCCCAUCAGCCUGUAUGGCAGGACAGGCAAAUCCAGCGCCGAUGUCCGGGCUUUGACCUACUGUGACCUUCACAAGAUCCUGAGGGAGGACCUGCUGGAAGUGCUUGACAUGUAUCCAGACUUCUCAGACAUGUUCUGGGAUAAUUUGGAGAUCACCUUCAACCUGAGAGAUGCAGAUAGAAUAAACCAGACAUCCCCAGGCAAGGACUCUGAAUGUGGAUACCGCCGGGCGAGGCAUCGGAGAGGCUCACUGCGCCGCAGAAACCGACCAGAUGGCAUGGACCAAGAAGACUCUUACCCUGAUCAGUCCUGUCCCAUGGGAAACCACCACCGGGGCGUGACCACGGGAUCCCACUGGGACGACUUGUGCAGCAGCCCCAGUAUCUGCUCACAAUCCAGUGAUGAGGAGAUGAAGCCCAUGGGACACAGCAAGGUGGAGCUGUACCCACCAGGGGGUGACACUAUAGACUACUCCCCAGCAGUGGUCAACCUGCUGCCUCACAGCGGACCUUCAGCUGGGAUAGGACCGCCUGUAGACAUUGGAGGACCACCAUACUCAGCAGCAGCUCCUAUCAGCAUGUCAGGCCUAUACAGCUACUGGCCAGACCGCAGGGCGAGUCGGUUCUCGGAGAGCCAGAAUCGAGCGUCCUCAGUCCGGGCCAGUUUCCACCCUCCACCCUGCGCUGAGGACCGGCCUAGUGAGCUGGAGUCCAGGCUGGAGCUGCUGCAGUCGCAGUUAAACCGACUAGAGACCCGGAUGACAGCAGAUAUAAACGUGAUCCUGCAGCUCCUCCAGAGACAGAUGGCCCCAGUGCCUCCGGCCUACAGUGCUGUGUCCCCCAGCUCUCACCUGCCUCACCCCACCACCCUGUACGGCACAGGAGCACCCACAAUCCACCCAGUCCCUUCGAUACAGUCGGUACAGAUCGACAGCACUGCCUCACUCAUACAGAGCCCAGACUCAGACUUGAAGCACAAAUCCAAGGACUCGCUGUCCAGCGGGAUCCACCUCACCGUAGCCUCUGAUGACACCGUGUCCAUGUCGCCAGAGACCGACCCUCCCCUUCUACCAUCCAUGAACCUAACCCCUCCUCAAGAUCCUCCCGGACUAAUGUGUGGCAGCCAGCGUUUCCCCUCCCUCCCUGAACACCUGGAGACGUCCACAGAGCUGCAGGAGAUUCAGAGGCACGUCUCUGAUCCUGUCCUGCCAGGGAGCUAGAACACCCGUCAAAAAACCCUUUUCCUUCACACAGGACAUCCAUAAGUUCACCUCUUUGUCAGCUCCCUCUGAAGACUCCCUCCGUCCUGUUCAGAUGCUGCUGUGGGAGUCUGAGCGUUGAGUGCCUCUGAGGUUUGGACUCUGCUGUGGUUUAACAGGCUGCUGCUCCAGCAUCCCUUCACUCCUGUGCAAUAAAGAGAUUAUUCCUGCCCUGUGGGGUGGACAGAAGGAACAUAAAUAUGAACUUUUCUCAUGCAGCAGCUGGAUCAUCCCAGAACAAGAGCUGAAAUGUCAAAGACUACUAAUAUAUCUGUACAUGUUCACUUUGUAUAAG